AUCACCACACCAUGGCCGCACUCGCCCCGCUGCGGCUCAGCGCCGCGCUCGGCCGCCGCUCGCUCCUCGCCUCGAGCUCGCGCCAGCCGCUGGCCGUGCGGCCGCUGCACGCUUCAGCAGUGCGCCUGGCCGCGCCGCCGAUCCGCGACCACGCCAUCCGGGCGCGCCUUGUGCGCCUCGUCGACCCCGACACGGGCUCGCUGCACGAGCAGCCGCAGUCGCCGGCGUCGAUCCUGCGCUCCAUCGACCCCACGCGCUACUGGCUGCAGCAGGUCAGCGCCGGCGACGACGAGACGCUGCCCAUCUGCCGCCUCGUCGACAAGAAGGCCGAGUUCGACAAGGAGAAGGCCCGCCGCGCAGAGAAGAAGCUGGCCGCCGCCGGCGGGGCCGCUGGUGAUGCUGCGCCCACAGCCAAGGGCGCCGGCGCCAUCAAGGAGCUCGUGCUCACCUGGAGCGCCACGCCGCACGACGUGCAGCACCGCCUGCAGCAGGCGCGCCAGCACCUGCACCGCAAGGGCAUCGGCGCUCGCGUCGACGUCAAGAUCAUCAGCAAGACGGGCAAGGGCGUGCGCGGCGGCAGCACGGCCGCCAGCCGCGCCGAGCUGCUGGCGCACAUUGCCGCCUUUCUGUGCGACGAGCCGCCGUCGGAGACGCUGCAUGUGCGCCGCAAGGGCGAGGUCGAGAUGCUGCGCAACGAGAGUCAGGCGACGGUCUCGUUUGAGACGGCCAAGGGGCGGGGGCCGGGAGCAGCUGCUACUGAGGAAUGA